GUUGAAUAGUCAUACUUAAUUACAUAAGUACUCCAUAAAAGCAAAAAAAAAAAAAAAAAAAAAAAGAAAAUAAGCAAGAAAAUAGAGAAAAAUUAGUUUAAUUUUAGAAAAAAUUUACAACAAGUGAGAAAUUAAUUCCACUAAAGACCUUUUUUUUUUUUUUUUUAAUAUUUAAAAAUUAAUUUUAAUUUUUAUUUACAGUUGUAAGAGCAUGUGAAGAGUCUACUACAUGUUCGUAGGCAAUGACCAUGGUGUAGUGGUGGCGUUGCGCACAAUUUCUGCUGCAACAAUCUCUUUUCCUGUCACUUCAUCUUCUUCAUUCCACCAAAUUUCCUCCAACUUCUUUCUUCUUCAUUUCACUACAAAAUUCAACAUUUUUACCAUUUUAAGCUCAAAAUUCUCCAAAACUCUGUCAUCUUCUUUUUGCCAUUUUUAGUAAUCAAGGUUUAAUCACCCCAUUUCCAGAAUUUUAAACCCCUCUUUUAUCUGCUUUCUCUCUCUUCAUCUGGGUUCCCACUUUCAUUUUUGAGGUGACCAAGCUAUGUCACAACUGAUGGAGGAAAACCUGGAAACUUUCAAAUGGGGAAUCAAGAUGGUAACAGAUGAUUCAGAAAUCAAAUCUUACAAGUCGUUUAGAUAUCAAGGUGUUCAAUAUUCUCUUCACGACUGUGUUUACCUAUAUCGGGAAGGUGCAAAAGACACCGAUAUAGGUAAACUGGUAAAGAUGUGGGAGUCAAAAGCAGGAGCUAAGAGAGGGAGAGUUAUCUGGUUUUUCCGACCAGCAGACGUGUGCAACUUCAUACGAGAGUAUGAACCUUCUUGGAAUGAGCUGUUUUUGGCUUCUGGUGAGGGCAGAGGAGUUUCAAACAUAAUCCCUCUGGAAGCUAUUGUUGGGAAAUGCAAUGUUGUAUGUACUGCAAAGGAUAGAAGGAACACUCUUCUAUCUAAAUCAGAUUUGGCAAAGGCUAACUACUACGUUUUCCAUAUUUUUGAUGUCGGAGAUCUAAGGAUAUCAGAUAAGUUUCCUGAUAUCAUUGACAAGAUAAAAGUGGAACGUUUGUUCAAUUGGAGUCAAAAUAAUCCCAAAGGAAAUUUAGAAUGCAGGACUGGUCUCUCUGCUGGUUCACAGUUGAAAGUUGCAGAAAAUCCUACAAACACUGCUGAAAAGCCUACAAAGAUCGAAAUUUUGCAUGCAUCUGAGAAUUUUGAGAUUCGAGAUAAGCCCAAAGCAAAUGUAGAAUGCAGGAACGAUCCUAGUGCUAAUGCACUAUUGAAAGAAAAGCAUAUAAAGGCAGAAGUUCUGAGUGUACAUGCGAAUUUGGAGCAUCACACUUUAGAAGCCCCACCUUUGAAGAAGAGGAAAAUUCUACCAGAGACAGAUUUUCCCUCACCAUCUCAGGAUACCCGAAGAUGGUUCUUCGCGUUGUCGUGGGAAGAUAAACUAAAGGAGGCUCAUGAGCAAGGAACUGUCAUCCACUUGUAUAACUUGGAUCUGUCUCAUACUGCAUUAGACGUACAGGAAAUGAUUUCAAAGGCUUUUAAGGUUAAGGCUCAUGCAAAGAUCAUGCCACGCAGACAUUCUUUCGAUAUAUAUGGGCAUGCAUUGGUUAUAUUUGAAUCGAAGGACGAUGCAGAUCUCAUCAUGUGUUUGUUAAAAGAUAGGUGUCUUGUAGUUGGGGAAGGAAGGCCUCUCGUUGCUUGCAAAGCCACUCUUAAUGAACCAUAUAUGACUCGGAAUUUUCCUGGCCAUCUCAUCAUGGAUAAACUGAAGCACAAAUUUAACAAUAACAAGAGAAAGGCCGUGUUUGCUUCCCACUGUGCACAGGCAAAUACAAUUGAACACGAGAUGGCAAUGCAAUGGCGCAUGCUUCAAAAAAGAUCAGAUCUCUGGUGGGAAGCUUUAUUCAAGGGACAAGCAAAAGAGUUUUCAGACUGUCAGAGCCAGAUGAUGAAGGAUCGAACAGAUGAACUUAAUAGAACGGCAGUAGAGGUAACUUUUGCACAUGAAUCGUCUGAUGCACCUAAUAGAAGAGUAGAGAGACCUCCUGCGAUCAAAUCAGAUGAACCUAACAUAACAGCAGUAGAAGUUACAUCUGUACCUGAAUCUCCUGUUGAGAGGCCUCAAAGUGCAUCACAUCCGACUUUGUUGUGAUAUUUAUGGUUUGGCAAUUGAAGAGUUUGUGUACAGAAGGAUGCUAACUGCAACUGUGUGCUUGAUAUGUUUUUGGAUGUUGAGCGUGAUAUAUUUAAGAAGUCGCCACUUGAAAAAUUUGCGGGUUGCCCCCUUAGAUCCAAGCAUACUUUCUCAAAUAGAACAUAGAAAGCUGUAUAAAUCUUUUUUGGCUACAAACUUGAACUAUUAGUCUAUUACUAUUUCUGAGGCAAUGUAGAUAAUUAACUUCCUCCUUGAGUUCACAAUUAUAAAAUUUUCGGUUGACAUCGUAAUUAUAGAUCUUCUCCCUUAAAAUUUCUGUAAUGAUCUAAGUGUCAUACUUUAAUUAUUAAAUGACCAUUUUGCACUUGAA